AUGACCUAUCGUUCCACUCUGGACCUGCUCUUUAAAUCAAAGCACUUUGUCCCAAACUAUAAAUGUGGCAUUCAGAACAAAGUAAUAGGAGUAAUCGGGGGACUUGAUUCUGAUAUUUCUUCACGCUUGGCAGACAUCUUAGGUCUUUACAAGAUUCUACAGAUUUCAUAUGGUUCAUUUGAAACAGCAGCCAUUGAUCAGAUAAAGUUCCCUUCCUUUUACCGCAUGGUUCCCAACGAAGGCCUUCAGUAUCAGGGAAUUAUCCAGUUACUUCUGCAUUUCAGAUGGAAAUGGGUCGGGCUCAUUGCUCUAAACGACAAAGGGGGAGAAACAUUCUUGCAGACCAUAGAGCCAAUACUUUCCAAGCAUGGAAUAUGUUCAGCAUUCACAGAAAGAGUUCAAAAACAUAUAUAUUUCGCAGGUAAUGGACUUGUAAUGGUUGAUGACCUACUAAAUAAUUUGCCAACUUUCAUGCUGAGCAAGGCCAAAGCAGUUAUUAUAUAUGGAGAAAGUGCAACUGUUCGAUGGUUGGGAGGUGUUAUAGGAGUAGUCAAGAUACUUCAACAAAUCAAUCAACAGUAUAAAAAGAUGUUAUCUCCAGAAAAGGUUUGGAUUACAACAGCCCAAAUUGAUUUUACCUUGUACACUUUUCAAAAGAUUACUGAGGUUGAUAGACAAAUGUUCCAUGGUUCUAUCUGCUUCUCAAUUCAAGCAAAGGAGCUUCGGGAUUUCGAAGAAUUUCUUAAGAGUAUAAAUCUUUCAUGGGCAGAUGCAGAUGGUUUUAUCAACGAUUUCUGGGAACAAGCAUUUAGUUGUUCACUUUCAAACUCCACUGUGUCAACAUACUCAUGUACCGGGGAGGAGUUGCUGGAGAGCCUUCCUGCACCAUUCUUUGAAAUGAGAAUGACUGGCCAUAGCUACAGUAUCUAUAAUGCUGUGUAUGCUUUGGCACAAGCCUUACAUAUGACUUCCUCAACUAAAACCAACUUCAGAAAAAUGGAGGGUGGAGACAAGCUAUUUUAUCAGAAAGUGGAACCCUGGAAGCUCCACUCAUUUCUUCAAGGAAUGUCAUUCAACAACAGUGCUGGAGAUGAAAUUACAUUGAAUGAACAUGGAGAAUUGGACGCUGGAUUUGAUAUUACAAAUUUGAUCACAUUCCCAAAUAAAUCCUACGUCAGAGUCAAAGUGGGAUGGCUGGACCCUCAGGCUCCUCCUGGGAAACAAUUCACCAUUGAUGAAGCCAGAAUUGAAUGGCACAGAAAUGUAGAAAAUUGUGCAAGUUGUGCAAAGGAUCUAUAUCCAAACAAAGGCCAGGAUCUAUGCAUUCCUAAGAUACCAAACUUCUUAGCUUUUGAUGAAGUGCUGACCAUUGUUUCAACUUCCACUGCACUUUUAUUGUCUCUGGUCACAGCUCUGGUGCUGGUCAUCUUCAUUAAGCACAGGAAUACGGCCAUAGUCAAAGCCAACAACAGAAGCCUCACCUACAUUCUCCUCAUCUCCCUCCUCUUGUGUUUCCUCUGUUCUUUGUUGUUCAUUGGAAAACCUAAUAAGGUGACCUGCCUCCUCCGACAAACCGCUUUUGGCAUCAUCUUCUCUGUGGCCCUCUCUAGCAUCUUGGCCAAAACUAUAUCAGUAGUUUUGGCAUUCAUGGCUACUAAGCCAGGAUCCAGUAUCAGGAAAUGGGUGGGGAAAAGAUUGGCUUACUCCAUAGUCCUUUCCUGCUCUAAAACUCAAGUAGUGAUAUGUGCACUCUGGCUGACAAUCUCUCCUCCAUUCCCAGAUUUGGACAUGCACUCAAUGAGGGAAGGAAUUAUAUUUCUAUGUAAUGAAGGGUCAGUCCUCAUGUUUUACUGUGUCUUGGGCUAUAUGGGUUUCCUGGCCAUUGUCAGCUUCACUGUGGCCUUCUUAGCCAGGAAGUUGCCUGACAGUUUCAAUGAAGCCAAGUUCAUCACCUUCAGCAUGCUGGUCUUCUGCAGUGUCUGGCUCUCCUUCAUUCCAACGUACCUGAGCACCAGAGGAAAAUACAUGGUGGCUGUGGAGAUCUUCUCCAUCUUGGCUUCCAGUGCUGGGCUGCUGGGUUGCAUCUUUUCCCCUAAAUGCUACAUUAUUGUGAUGAGGCCUGAGUUAAACAACAGAGAGCAAUUGAUACGGAGAAAGAUAUAA